AUGGGGAAGGCAGACUCUGUGUGCCGACUGCAAGGCACAGCACAACCAGCUGAACUGGCCCAAGAUGGUGACCUUGUUAUUGGAGGCAUUUUUUCAUUUCGCACAGCACAGGAUUAUGUAAUUAACACAUUUGAGACAAUUCCAGAAGUACGAAAAUGCAACGACUUUGAUUUUAGAGAAUUCAAAUUCGCUCAAACAGCGAUAUUUGCUAUAAAUGAGAUAAACAAAAAUCCUGAUAUGCUCCCUAAUGUUAAACUUGGCUACAAGAUCUAUGAUAACUGUGGAACAAUGGACAUACUGAGAGCUGCGCUGGCACUGGUGAGUGGACUAAAAGGAGAAGUCAGUGACGACAACUGCACUAAAACUGAGACAGUGCAAGCUAUCUUGGGACAUUCAGGAUCAAGACCAACUAUUGCAUUUGCAGAAAUUGUUGGAAGGUUUCAGAUACCUGUGAUCAGCCAUUUUGCGACCUGUGCCUGUCUGAGCAACAGGAAGGAGUAUCCCACUUUUUUCAGAACUAUUCCUAGUGACUACUUCCAGAGUAGAGCACUGGCAAAGCUGGUCAAGUACUUUGGAUGGACCUGGAUUGGGGCUCUAGCUGUGGAUAACGAAUAUGGCCUCAAUGGUGUAGCUGCUUUUAUUCAAGUUGCACAAGAAUAUGGAGUGUGCAUUGAGUAUUUUGAAACAUUUUCAUUGUCAGAUCCACCUGACAGUCUGCAGAGAAUAACAGAGAUCAUUAUGCAUGCCACUUCCAAAGUUAUUAUGGCUUUUAUGUCGCACAGAGAAAUGAAGUUGCUGGCAAAAGAGUUGUACAAACAGAACACUACAGGACUGCAGUGGGUUGGCAGUGACGCCUGGAUCACAGAUCACUCUCUAACUGACAGUGAAGGACACAGCAUCCUGGUAGGCUCACUAGGUUUCACUGUCAGCCAAGCUCAGAUCCCAGGGCUGGAAGAGCACCUGAGGCAACUCCAUCCCUCACAGUUUCCUGACAGUCAGUUUGUCAGAGAUUUCUGGGAAGAUGUGUUUGACUGCACUCUGAAUAAAACUGCAAAUGCACAACGACAGCCAUGCAGCGGCUUUGAGAGCCUGCAGAAUGUCGACUCAGAGUUCACUGAUGUGGCUGAGCUGAGAUUCACUAAUAAUGUAUACAAGGCAGUUUAUGCAGUGGGUCAUGCUCUUGACAACCUGAUUAAAUGUGAGAGGGGUAAAGGGCCCUUUUUAAAUGGGAGUUGCGCUGAUAGCAAACAAAUUCAGCCAUGGCAGGUCUUGCACUUUCUCAACAGUGUGAAUUUCACUACUGAGAGAGGGGAAAGAGUUUAUUUUGACACUAAUGGAGACUUACCAGCAAGAUAUGACCUUGUUAAUUUGCAAAUGACAAACAAGGGAACCAUGGAAGGAGUAACAGUUGGCAUUUAUGAUGCUUCUCUUUCAGAGAUUCAUCAGUUCAUCUUGCAUAACAUCCCAGUUGUCUGGGGAAAUGGGCAGACAGAGGUGCCUGUAUCAGUCUGCAGUGAGAGCUGUCUGCCAGGAACUCGUAAGGUCCUCCAGAAAGGAAAGCCAGUCUGCUGUUAUAAUUGCAUACCCUGUCCAGCAGAUUCCAUACACUGUAUGAAAUGCUCACCAAUGUCCUGGUCCAAUGAGCAGAGAGAUGCCUGCAUCCUCAAAGCAAUAGAAUUCUUGGCAUAUGAUGAAACCCUGGGAACACUGUUAGUCUUAUUUUCCCUGCUGGGAUUUUUUCUAACUAUGAUCACAAUGCUAGUCUUCUACUGCCACAGAGAAACCCCACUAGUUCGAGCCAACAACUCUGAGCUGAGCUUCCUGCUGCUCUUCUCCUUGACCCUGUGUUUCCUCUGCUCUCUGACCUUCAUAGGCCGGCCCUCUGAGUGGUCCUGUAUGCUGCGUCACACAGCAUUCGGCAUCACCUUUGUCCUCUGUAUCUCUUGUGUUCUGGGAAAAACAAUAGUGGUGUUAAUGGCCUUCAAGGCCACACUUCCAGGUAGUACUGUGAUGAAAUGGUUCGGGCCUGCACAGCAGAGGCUCAGUGUUCUGGGUUUAACUCUCAUACAGGUUUUGAUUUGUAUACUUUGGCUGACAAUAAGCCCUCCUUCCCCUUUCAAAAAUAUCAAAUACUAUAAAGAAAAGAUUAUACUAGAGUGCAACCUUGGCUCAGAUGUAGGGUUCUGGGCUGUGUUAGGAUACAUAGGACUCCUAGCUGUCCUUUGUUUUGUACUUGCUUUUUUGGCACGGAAGUUACCUGAUAAUUUCAAUGAAGCUAAAUUCAUCACUUUCAGCAUGCUGAUAUUCUCCGCAGUCUGGAUCACCUUUAUCCCAGCAUAUGUGAGCUCUCCUGGGAAGUUUACUGUAGCUGUAGAGAUAUUUGCUAUUCUGGCCUCCAGUUAUGGGCUACUUCUCUGCAUUUUUUUGCCAAAAUGUUAUGUAAUUUUGUUUAGGCCAGAGCUGAACACUAGGAAACACAUAAUGGGAAAGACAUCUAAUAUUGAUAUAUGUUUUUAA